AUGGAACUCGCGGUGAAUGCUCUGCAGAACUCGCAAGUGCCAGAGAGCCAGGAUCCCAAGAGUCUCCCCGAUGAACUUGCCUUGCUUACUCGCGACGGGUUCCCGUUUUUCUUGCCAAUACCGAAAGACGGUGACGAUCUUGAAACAACCGCUCGGAAGGUACAAAUUCUGGCCAGCGUGAUAUCCAGUGGUGGCAACUUGUCAGUGGGCCCCGGUCAUGUAUCUACACCAAAGCAAAAGCAGACUGCAGAGGAGUUUGGCAGGGAACGAAUGACGAGCCCAGAGACAACUCAGUAUGAGGCGUGGAAGAUGGGCAUCAUCAAGCUACCUGAAUUGGAUUGGUACAACAACCAAGUACCUGUGCCUCCAGAGGCCAUGCAGACAUUCUCACGACGUGCCAUUGCCAUGGAUAUUAUCUGGCAACGACGGGGCAUGGCCCCAGAGCAUGCGGCCUGGAUCACCAUCAACAUGCCGUUCCUUUUGCCGCUUGUCAAAGCAGUCACGAAAAUCCUGAGGGCUGAAGAACACUUGCAACGGACCCAACGACAUGCACGACUGACCGAUGGCGAUAUCGCUGAGAUUGAAAUGCUGCAGCUCGUCAACGCUGCUGCAGAAGACAACGUGACACGCGUGAGAGAGCGGCUGCGCACACUGAUCGACUCCAUCCACAGGUCACAGGCCGUGCUGAAGAACCGGAUUAGUAUGCUUGAUAGUUGA